CCGGGACUAAUGCAUAGCCGUCGAACCGGGACUAAUGGUACCAUUAGUACCUGGCCAAAAUCGAACCGGGACUAAUGUGUCUCACGCAAGGUCCUUUUUCUACUAGUGUUUGGAUAGUGUUUCAGGUAUGCAUCUUGCUUUGUGCACAAGCUGUUACAUAUUUAGGUGUGCGUACAUGUUCAAAUGCUAAUUUAUUCACCCUAAGUUUAGCCUGCAUGGUACUUUCUAGGGCCCUUUGCUGGAGGAGUAUCCAUCCAUGCUGCUUAACACGAGCCUUCAGAUUGUUUUUGCGACUGUUCAGUCUUUUUUAUGGCUCUAGUGAAGGAGAGAGACUUUUCAAGGUGGAAGCUGAGAUUGGAUGUACGUCUUGUCGCGAUCAUCCAUUGUUGUAAUAAGUGGAGCGCUGAUGGUUGGUGGUCUGUACAAUGUUCUCUGGGGGAAGAGAAUAGAGCAACUGGCUGUGGGCCAGCAAGGAGGUAGUAGAGAAAAUGGAUCAUGCUUUGAUUCUGAGGAGCAAGAAAGCGGUGAGCCAGUUCCCGCAACGCGGGAUUCAAUCAAGCCAGUGCCAGUUUCGAAAGAGAGAACUGACACAUCAAGCAGAAUUGUGACCCAACAAGCGUUGUUAUUAUAGGUGUAUAAAAGCUCUUGUUUCUACCUUUGUUGGUUGGGCGAAGUAGCGACGAACUUGCGUCAUUGCCUCGUCGAGGGCGUUAUCUACUACUUGCUGUUGUACGGGUCUUCAUUGACUGAUCUCGGCAACCAGAAUGAAAAUCCUUGUCUAGGCCAUCUUUGGUCGGACGUGAUGACGAUGGCACAAGGGCGUUUGUUCCUUCUUGAAGGCAUUGCCGCGGAAAAAGUCGACUUAGUCGUAGGUGUUUCUUUAAUAUCUUGUAAUGGUUCAGGCAUUGGUUGCCUGUACUCUACUUAAUAUCUAAUAAAAAUGGUUGUAUGCAUCACUUGAUGUAGAGGCCGGGGGCUAUCCUCCUUUUCGAAAAAAAGAGCUACUCUGGAUUUAGUGCCGUUUACAUGGCAAUAGACACUAAUACAGCUUGUCCUAUUAUGAUUUUACUCCUUGUCGUCCAUAACUGCUGCCUUAUUCUUUUCCACAACAUGCGUCACUUUUGCCACUAAUCUCUCCACCGUUCAUAGAGAUGCAUUUGUUUACUGUUGCCCUUUUCCUUUCCCACAUCAUGUGUCACUUUUGCCACUCACUCCCCCGUCAUAAGACGCAUUUGUAUCCUGCAACCACUAAAAGACCUCUUCAAACAGAAUAAAGUCUAUAGAAUAUACAAUUGCAAAUGACUCACUGAGCAUUAGUCACUGAGUGACAUUUUUCUCUAGGAAGAUGAACAACCUAUGAUGAAUAAUACUGUCAGUGCACAUGACUUUUCAUUUAAGCCAACAUAGUUGUGCGUUGGGUGUGGAUGCAUCAUCCAUUCUAAUAAGUACACAAGCACCUUGUUACUGACAUACCUAAUUAGUUGCAAUUAAUGUUUCUUUUGCAGUGUAAAGUUUUGAUGUUGUGAAGUAUGAUGUAACCAACUUGUAAGACCUAAAAGGAGUUUUCUGCCGUUUUUUAACCUUUUUAAAGUGAGAGGCUAGUGUGGCAUGUUGAUAGUAAAGCAUAAGUACAAUGUAUUUUUUCUUCAGUGGAUACCUAUAAGUCAUCUCUGAACAAACCUUAUGACAGCGAAGGUUUGAUUAAGUAUCCUGAUGGCAAAUGCUUGACGAAGUGUUGCAGUGGGCAAGUAGUAGUAUUUAAGCAACCAUCUUUGAAGUUCUAACAAACGGGAGUCAUGGGAAACAGAGCACCUUAUGCUGUUUCAUUUCUCUUAAGGUUUAUCUAUGCAGUUAUGCAGAUACUUACCAAAGUUGCUUUUAACCAAGGUACAAGUACAUACGUUCUCGUUUUCUACAGGCAUUUAAUAGGUACCAUGUUCUUACUGCCCAUUGCUUUUGCAAUUGAAAGGAAAACGGCCCCGCGACUGUCAUACAAAGUCUGUCUGAAACUAUUUGUGCAUGCAUUAUAUGGGAUGUCUGCUUCCCUUAACAUAUCAUGUGUUGGCCUCAAUUAUGCUUCAGCAACUUCUGCUUCUGCAGUACUAAAUCUCCUACCAGUGUUAACUUUCUUUUUGGCUCUUCUGUUGGGAAUGGAGUCUUUGCAAUUAAAGAGCUUCCAUGGGAUUGUGAAAGUUUCUGGUAUAGUGAUUUGUGCGGCUGGUGUUACUGUACUAGCGUUAUACCAAGGACCGGAGCUCAAAUCUAUCGUCCAUCACCCUAUUUUUCGUCACCCAAGUCGAGUUGAUACACAUCCCUCAAGGAGCUGGAUAUUGGGAAUUCUCCUGCAGUCUCUUGCGACUGUAAUGUUUGCCCUUUGGACAGUGUUUCAGGGCCCUUUGCUGGAGGAGUAUCCGUCCAUGCUGCUUAACACGAGCCUUCAGAUUGUCUUUGCGACUGUUCAAUCAUUUUUUAUGGCUCUAGUGAUGGAGAGAGACUUUUCAAGAUGGAAGUUGGGAUUGGAUGUAGGUCUUGUGGCGAUCAUCUAUUGUGGCGUACUUGUUACUACAUUGGCAAACUACCUGCAAAUCUGGGUGAUUGGUAGGUGCGGCCCAGUAUUCCUGGCCAUGACAGUACCCCUAACUUUGGUUAUCACAAUCAUUCUAUCACUUCUCAUAGGAGAAGCUGUUACCCUUGGAAGUGUAAUAAGUGGCGCGCUCAUGGUUGCUGGCCUGUACAAUGUUCUCUGGGGGAAGAGAAUAGAGCAAGUAGCUCUCUGCAAGCAAGGAGGUAGCGGAGAAAAUGGAUCAUGCUUAGAUUUGGAGGAACAAGAAAGCGGUGUGCCAGUUCCAGCAACGCGGGAUUCAAUCAAGCCAGUGCCAGGUUCGAAAGAGAGAACUGAUACAUCAAACUGAACUGUGACCAGCAAGCGUUGUUAUUAUGGGUGUAUGAAAGCUUUUGCUUCAGGUCAGCCCACCAGAAACCAUUCAGAGAUCUGUAAUAUUGUUUUCUGCGAGUCAGCUAUAGCAGCUUUAAUUGCUUGUUCAGGGCUUAAGGUUCGUGUGAUGGAUAUUUUCUGUGUGAGGUUAUACUUGCAUGUUAUAGAUUGAACAAUUUGAGAAAAUGCCACACUUUCCUUGGCACUUUGCCCCGUUUGCUCCUACAGCACAUCUUUC